UACUUUAGCAGCCAGGGAGCGGUUUGAAUAAGAGGCUGGGAAUAUGAAUAGUAAAGGGGCCUGCACAGAAAGAUAAGUUACAAUAACACAAAAACUGUAGCCUUAAAGAGCAAUAGGUGUUUUAUCUGCCAGGGUCAGUGACCCCCAUUUGAAAGCUGGGCAGAGUCAGAAAAGCAAAGCAAUUAAGUCACAAAACUAAGGCUGGAUUUAUGGGCAGGCCAUAAAGGUCUGGGCCUAGAGUUGCAAAGUUCUGGGGGCACCAUGCUGCCCUCUAGCCACAUCUGCACUGGGGACUGGAUGGGAGAUUUUUGAGCAGGGGUGGGGGGUGCAAGUGGCCUAGAGGCUGCACCACUUUUGAAUUUGGCCCUGCAAAAUCUAUAAAAAAAAAUUCAUAAGACUAAUUGAAAAGUUGCUAAGAAUUACCCAUUUAAGUUAGAAACAGCGCAUUUUGACAUCAAACAUGUCCUCUUUUCUGAUCUUACAUACAAACAGAUACAUAGCAUAGCUGAAACACGCCAGUGGGGCAAAUAUCACACCUUGAGCAGAGCAUGGCACAGACAGACACUCACCUUUGUGCAAGAAGAAGUCCUCUGCUACAAUUUACAUAAAAAAGCAAUUUCACACAGUCCCCGGCUGCGCGGAGGUUGUGCUCCCAAUUACUGCCAAACGCACACAAGAGCAUCAUAUGUUCUUGACAGACUUUUAAUAGUAUCUGGGGUAUUUAAUUAGUACUACUCCCUCCUGUGGCCCAAAACACUCUAGGUUACCAACACUCCCUGCCUCUUCCUGGGCACCUUGAUCCCAAUUUCAAAGCAAAAUUCAAGGCGUUCUCAUUAAGUAACAUCUGAAAAGAAGUUUUCAUCUUGUAAUUUACAAAAAGAACAAGAGAGAGUCUAAGAGGAUGGGAGGUAUAUAAAGCAUAGAGGAAGAGAUUAAGAGAUUCUCCCAUACAAGUUGAGUUGAGACUCUUAAGAGGGAAGUUCUCUCAUUAUGGAGGAUAUACUAUGGGACCCAGAGCCUGACUAUCAGCUAUGGGACCAACUGGAAAGCACCUUUCAGCUUCAUAGUGAACCAGAGAGUUGCACAAUGGACUUUUUCCCUGCGGUGACAGAGCAUGUACCUGCAUGGCCAGCUCUCUCCCAGGUGGUAUCAGAGGUUCCCUUGCAGCUCGCUGGCCUGGGUGCUGAAAUGAACAGCUCCUUUCAGGAAGAGAGCCUUAUGGAAGGUCCAUGUAAAGUGCACCGGCAGGCAGCCAACAUCAGGGAGAGGAGGCGGAUGCUGAGCAUCAAUUCUGCCUUUGAAGAGCUCAGAGGCAGAGUUCCAACUUUUCCCUAUGAGAAGCGACUUUCAAAGAUCGACACACUGCGUCUAGCCAUUGCCUAUAUAGCACUGCUCAGUGAUAUCCUGUCCUCGGGAAUGGACCCAAAGACUUACGUAGAGGAGUUUGUUAGGACAGGUUCAAGGGGCCCCCAGAGCGACAUUUGGAACACAAGUGGUAAGUAACUAUAUGGAAACUCUACAACCUGCUUACUUAGCUUAUA